AUGAAAUACUUACUGUUUGUCACCUUUAUUGGUGUGGCUGUUGCCUUCCCCAUCAGCGAUGGGGAUGAUGACAAGAUUGUGGGAGGUUACAGCUGUGCAAGAAACUCUGUACCCUACCAAGUGUCUCUGAAUUCUGGAUAUCACUUCUGUGGAGGUUCUCUCAUCAGUAGCCAAUGGGUGCUGUCAGCUGCUCACUGCUACAAGUCUUCCAUUCAGGUGAAGCUUGGGGAAUACAACCUGGCAGUCCAAGACGGCACCGAGCAGACCAUUAGUUCAUCUAAAGUCAUCCGCCACUCUGGCUACAAUUCCAACACACUGAACAAUGAUAUCAUGCUCAUCAAACUUUCCAAAGCAGCCACACUCAACUCCUAUGUCAACACAGUUCCUCUGCCUACCAGCUGCGUGUCUGCUGGAACAACAUGCCUGAUCUCUGGAUGGGGCAACACACUCAGCAGUGGCACUCUGUAUCCAGACAUCUUGCAGUGCCUGAAUGCACCUGUACUUUCCUCAAGCCAGUGCAGCAGUGCUUACCCUGGUCAAAUUACUAGUAACAUGAUAUGUGUAGGAUACCUGAGUGGAGGGAAAGACUCCUGUCAGGGGGAUUCCGGUGGUCCAGUAGUCUGCAAUGGUCAGCUGCAGGGUAUUGUUUCCUGGGGUAUUGGAUGUGCACAACCAGGUUAUCCUGGUGUUUACACUAAGGUUUGCAAUUAUGUUUCCUGGAUUCAAUCAACUAUAUCUUCCAAUUGAGACACUCAUUUUAAGUGACAUGCUUUUCCUUCUCCUCAUUUCCUUCUGCUUUGGAACUGGAUGUACAAAACUUAAAAAAUAAA